GGGCGUGUGACGAGCGCGAGUAAAUAUGAACGCAGCUGAUGUGAUAGUGAAAUUGGGUCGGUGCUUGGUGCUUUCCUUUCCUUUGCGACCACAGAAGAGGGCGGACCCGCAGUCGACGCUCGGACACACAGUAUAGUGCACAGCGCUGUCUUAGUGCCUACCACCUUCAUAAACCAUGUCUCUGCCACCUCCAAUCCUCAAACCAGAGAUCAAGUACACACAGAUUUUCAUUAACAAUGAGUGGGUAAACUCCGUAAGUGGAAAGACGUUUGCGACAAUAAACCCUUGCACGGAAGAACCUAUAUGUCAGAUACAGGAAGGUGACAAGGCAGAUGUUGACAAGGCAGUGGCUGCCGCUAAGAAAGCCGGGGAGCUGGGAUCACCAUGGCGACGCAUGGACGCUUCAGCACGUGGUCACUUGCUCAGCAAGUUGGCAGAUCUGAUAGAGAGGGACAUGGUUUAUCUGGCUUCACUAGAAACCCUGGACAAUGGAAAGCCGUACAAAUAUUCGUACAAUGUUGAUUAUCCUAUCGCUGUCAAAACCUGCAGACACUAUGCAGGAUGGCCAGAUAAGAUCGUGGGCAAGACCAUUCCCAUAGAGGGUGAUUUCUUCUGCUUCACUCGUGUUGAGCCCGUAGGGGUCGUUGGAGCAAUCACACCUUGGAACUUCCCUGGCAUGAUCGCUUGCCAGAAGAUCCUCCCUGCUCUCGCCGCCGGAUGCACACUUGUUUUGAAGCCAGCCGAGCAGACGCCUCUCACCACGCUUUACAUUGCCGCGCUGUGCAAGGAGGUGGGCAUCCCUGCGGGCGUGGUCAAUGUGGUGCCGGGGUACGGACCGACCGCUGGUGCCGCCCUCACCGAACACAUGGACGUCAACAAGAUCUCAUUCACGGGCUCAACUGAGGUGGGGCACCUGAUCCAGUGCGCCUCGGGAAAGACGAACCUGAAGAGAGUUUCGCUGGAGCUGGGAGGCAAGAGUCCAAACGUCGUGUUUGCUGACGCCGACCUCGAUGAGGCGGUGCUGGUGUCACACAACAACCUGUUCUUCAACAUGGGUCAGUGCUGCACGGCUGCCUCACGCACAUACGUGCAGGACAGCAUAUACGACGAGUUUGUACGGCGCAGCGUCGAUCUCGCGAAGAAACGCUCCAUAGGCGACCCCUGGUGCGACAACGUCGAAAACGGUCCACAGAUCGACAGAGAUCAGUUCGAUAAGGUGCUGGAACUGAUCGAGAGCGGCAAGAAGCAGGGAGCAAAGAUGGAGUGUGGAGGCGGUCGCCACGGUACCAAGGGCUACUUCAUCCAGAACACUGUCUUCUCCAAUGUCACCGACGACAUGAGGAUUUCGAAGGAGGAGAUCUUCGGACCCGUGCAGCAGAUCAUCAAGUUCAAGUCGAUCGACGAGGUGAUCAAACGAGCGAACAAUACGACGUACGGGCUCGCCGGAGCGGUGUUCACGAAGGACAUCGACAAGGCAUUGACCCUCGCCCAGAGCGUGCAGAGCGGAACAUUCUGGGUGAACUGCUACAACGUUGGUGGUCCUUCAACACCAUUCGGUGGAUUCAAGAUGUCCGGGAUUGGUCGUGAAGGAGGCGAGUACGGACUUCACGAGUUCUGUGAGAUCAAGACCGUUGUCAUCAAGAUUCCACAGAAGAACUCGUAGACGGCAGACGACGUGCAUCAGGUGCACGAACAAACCAGACGGCAGACGGUCACGACCCCGGAAAACAAGUUACACACACGUGCUAGUCUCCAAAUCAAAACAAUCCUGAAGGCUUCCUAUUCGCGCGGAAUGUUCGACGUGGAAUAGAAUAGAUGAUGGGUUAACUCUCUAGCUAUACCUUCUCUCUAGAGGAUCAACUCACUUUUGCUUCUAUCUGGUUCCUAAUCUUUGUUUGUUAUGCGGUUCUGCGUGCAAGUGGUAACAGGUAUUUAGAUAACCGAGAUAGUAUAUUUAGAUGUACUGUACGUGUGUUAUAAUCCAGAGUGAAUAGUAUCAGAAGUAGUGAGUAGAAGAAUAGUAAAUAUCAUGACUUUGUCGACAUCGCAGCAUUGGUACAUUUUUUGUACAUUGCUGAUAUUAUAUAAUUAAUUAAUAGCCGGACCUAGGAAUUGGUACAGGCUAAAAAAUGUAUUGAUUCGGGUACUUUUACAUUCUGAUUAUAUGGGUGAUGGGAGUGUCAUGGCCAGAUUAAACAAGUUACAACUACAUCAAA